AUGCUUUCGUUCCUGAGGCUUGAAAUCGAUGGAAACCUUAGGAUUUACACUUACUACGAAGACGUAAAUUGGGGUGCAUGGGAGGUAACCUUCACACUUUUCAGUAGAGAUUUACCACAAUGGGAAAUCAGUGAGUGUGAAUCGCCCGAGCGAUGUGGGAAGUUUGGCCUUUGUGAGGACAACCAAUGCGUUGGUUGCCCAUCGUCCAAGAGACUAUUGAUUUGGAGCAAGAGCCGUGUGCCUAAGAAGCUAAGUUCUUGCCUUCUUGCGAGGCAAACAGCUUUCAUUACUAUAAAGUUGAAGGAGUAG